AUGGCCGCAGUGAUCAAACUCUUUUUGACACUCGAACCAUCUCUUCGUUUUUAUCUACGCUCGCAACGAAUUGCUGAAAUUCAUGAAGCUCUCAUAUCAUCGUUGAUUAUCUGUCAACCAAAAGAUCCUUUUGCAUGGCUAAUCAGUUGUUUAACCGAAUACCAUUCGUUAUCGUCACAAGAAAAAGCGAGUCUCAAUUGGGAUUAUUUCAUUCCAGAAGUCUAUAAACCCGUCAAUCGACCAAUCAAUGUGGAAAGUUCCUUAAGUUACGUGUUUGCUGUUUGCGACGAUUCAUUAGAACCAAGCGAGCUACAAAUUGGAAUCGCUAUUGGACAUUAUAAAUCAAAAAUACAACGGAACUUAUUCAGCGCUUGGCUUCGUUUUUAUCUUACUCGAUUAGGUCAAAAACGAUCGUUGGAUAGGAAACUACAGGCUGCCGAUGAAUAUUAUCGUGAACGAUGUUUGAAUAAUUAUUUUCGACAAUGGGCACAAUGGGUUUCACAACGUCUCGCACGACAAAAGGCAGCAAUUUGUCAUAUAAAGCAUUGUUCAGAAACGUAUCAAAUACGAACAAUUCUCAACGAAUGGAAUCUCGUUGCCCAACAAGCACGACGAACGCGAGAUUACUUCGAUCGAAUCGAACGUGGAGAGGACAGUCAACAGCUUGGAUACCUUGGUUAUGGUGAAGCUCGUGAUGAAUUAUCGUUGCUCAAUCGCGAAGCUGCUGUUCGAAUACUUGCAUAUUUAGAUGUUGCUGACUUAGCACGAUGUGCACAGGUAUGUCGUAACUGGAAAAUGUUAACACAAUCGUCGAUGCUUUGGGCCAAACUCGACUUACAUCGGACAAGAAAAGUACUAAACGAUCGGCUUGCUAUGCGUUUCAUUCAACGCGCACGACCUUUUCUACAACAUCUCAAUCUCCGGCAAUGCGAUCGGAUCGGUCGUUUAACAUUCGUUGGCAUAAGUAGCUGUAAAAAUUUACAAGAUCUGAAUCUAAGUGAAUGUCCAACAGUCAAUGAUGAAGCAAUUAAAAUCAUUACGGAUGGUUGCCAUAUUCUCUUGUAUUUGAAUCUAUCACAUACAGAUAUAACUGAUCAAUCAUUUCGAAGUCUUGCGCGGCAUUGUCAUUUUCUACAGUUUCUUAGUGUCGCUUACGCUCGACAAUUUUCCGAUCGAGCUUUUGUUUAUUUAUCGAAUGGACGUGGUUGUCGAAAGUUGACUCAUUUAGAUGUGAGUGGAUGUACACAAUUGACGCCUGUUGGUUUCGAAGCUAUCGCUGAUGCAUUUCGUGAACUUGAAACUUUGGUGAUGGAUGAUGUCGGUAAUCUAUCUGAUAAACAUAUACAAAGUUUAUGCAAACGAAUGAAUCAUCUGAAACAUAUUUCUAUGUGGUCAUCUACAUGGCGACUCUCUGGCUUCAGUUUUCGACAACUGUCUGCACUAACAAAGUUAAGCGUAAUGAAAUUUGAUUCAAACAAAUUGAUAACUGAUGAACAUCUCCGUGUUCUAGCUCGUUCAUGUCCUGAAAUAUGUCAUCUCUCAAUGACAGAUUGCAUCUCGAUUACCGAUACCUGUAUGAGAUAUAUCGGCACGUUAAAACAAUUACGCGUGUUAAAUGUAGCCGACUGUUUAUUAAUAAGUGAUACGGGUAUCAAAGCGUUGACUGAAGGUGCUUGUCAAGCUCGUUUACGCGAAUUAAAUCUAACCAACUGCAUGCGUAUUAGUGAUAGUUCAAUAACAAAUCUUCUUCGCAAAUGUAAACGCUUAGCUUAUUUGAAACUAUGUUAUUUAGAUAAAAUUACUGAGACGGGCUUAGAAUUAAUCGGUCAAAUGGAACAAUUAAUCUUGGUUGACUUAACAGGCACUCAGUCGUCGGAUACGUCUUUGAAAAUAUUAGGCAACUCAGGCCAUCUACGCUCGGUAACACUCUCCUCAUGUCGAAAAAUUACCGAUCUUGGUUUAACGAAGUUUGCGACCACAUGUCCAGCACUUGAGCAUUUAAAUUUAUCCUUCUGCGCACAAUUAAGUGAUAAUGCAAUCCGAUCGAUGGCAUUUUGUUGCAAAUAUCUAACAACACUGAAUAUAUGCUCGUGUUCAUUAUUAACCGACAUGAGCUUACAAUAUUUAAGCGGUGUUUGUAAAUACUUGUAUGAAAUCGAUAUAUCAUACUGUCAACUAAUGACAGACAAAGGUUUGAAAUGUUUGGGAGAUAAUUCAGCUUAUCUUAAACGUGUGAUUGUCAUCGAAUGUCCAAACAUAUCACGAAAUGCCAUUGAUCAUCUUCUGCGUAAAAUACCAUAUGUUCAAUAUCAAUACAUGGAUAUAUAA